GCGAUGAUUUUCAUGAUCAGUUACACGUUUGUCUGCAGAAGUUGAAGAAGUUUCGAUUCCCCCAAAGAUGUCGUUAAAGAAGGAAACUCCAUCAGACCAGCAACUUCAUUUGGCUGCUUUACAAGGAAACUUAGAACAACUAAAACGUGUACUAGACACCGGAAAAGUACAUGUAGACUGCAAAGACAAGGAAGGGACAUCUCCAUUAAUUUUGGCUGCUGCAAACAAUCAUCUAGACUGUGUAAAAGAACUUCUGAAACAAGGGGCUGACCCUUCAGCUCGCAGACUUACGGGAACCUGUGCAUUGUUCUUUGCUGCUCAAGGAGGAUUUCUAGACAUUGUACGUGUGUUGUUAGACAGCGGAGCCUCCCUAGAUCUAGCCAGCUAUGAUGGAGGGACACCUUUGUUUGUAGCCUGUCAGUGUAAUCAUUUGGAUGUUGUGGAGGAGUUACUCAGUAGAGGAGCGGAUCUCCAUGCUCAAAUGAUUGACGGGGCCACACCUCUCUUUAUCACUGCACAAAAUGGCCAUUUACACCUGUUAAAAUACCUGAUAACUCGAGGGGCUGAUGUCAAUGUUAAACGACAGGAUCAGGCUACACCCUUGUGGAUAGCUUCACAAAUGGGACACACCUCCAUUGUUAAAGAGCUCUUAUCCUCUGGUGCUGAAGUAGAUGCUGUCAGAGAGGAUGGUGCAACCCCCCUUUUCAAGGCAUGCCAUAAGGGCCAUUUAGAUGUUGCUGAGCAACUCCUUAAACACAAACCAAACUUGGGUUUACUCAAGAAUGGAGAGACACCACUUCAUGCUGCAGCCCUGUUUGGGCACAUGAAAGUGAUGAAAUUGCUCAUGUCUUAUGGUGUGGAUACAAGGCUCAAAAACAAGGAAGGUAAAACUGCUGCAGAACUUGCCCAAGAAGCAGGAUAUGACUACAUUGCCAAAUUUAUCAACAGUUUCCAAACCAGUCAGGACAGGAAAAGCCCCACCACCCCACCGCCAUCUUGAUGUGCCAAGCGAUAAUCUACAAACCCCACCUAGCAAAGCAAGCUUUCUGUUUGUCUGUGAUGAUUAUAAAGGUCCCAUGUCUACCAUCAGGUGUUUCAUAAUUACGCAAAUUUAUGAUGGAAUCGAAAAUUCUUACGAACUUUUUUUCAAUGUUUUUUUGUUAACAAUUUUCAAAGAAAUGUUUACGCAGCUUCAUUCUUUUUUUUUUUUGUUUAUCAGAAUAUCACCAUUGUAAUUUUUAAAGUUCUAUUGAUUUUUGUAUAUGAAACUUUAUAUUUGCAGUUGUUUUUCUUUUUGGCUGAUUUUGAUAUUAAUUACUUUUGUUCUUGUAACAUAAGCAUAUCUUUUAUAGAUGGUAGCUAGAGCAAAUUUGAAAAACUAACCAAGAGAUGUGAAGGUUAUUUACAGACAUUGUCAACACUUGUUAUCACAUGAAAUAAUCUUGCCCUUAUUUUCUUUAAGGUAGAUAGGUCAGUAUCAUUUCGUAGAAUAAAAUAAUAUGGUGCAGGCCACCAUAUCUAGUUUCCGCUGUGAUUUAAGUGUCGUUAAAUUGUGUUUGUAGGUGUUGAUUGGGUUAAUAUAUGUAAAGUGACUGGCUGUUUUCAUGAAUUUUUGCCAGUGAGUUUUUGUGUUUUGACCUUCAUUCAAAAAAGUAGCAAAAUACUUAAAGUAAUAAUAGGAAUGAAGUCACAGAAUUCUUGAAUAUUUUCAAAAAGAAUCCUGCUUAUGUUUGCAAUUUAAUUUUGACACAAUUUUGCAAAAAAUAUUUAAUGUUUUUCAAAAUACUCCUAAAUCUCCAUGAUAAUCGUAUUUAUUUGUACAGUUUAUUUUAGUAAGAGUCUGAAAAAUAUAGUGCAAUUCAUUUUUCGUGUGCUAGUCAUAGUUAGGAGGAAAACUGAUAUAUAUUUUUUGUCUUUUUUUUUUAUAAAGAUUAAGUUUUAAAUCGUAGAGGUUGUUAUUAUUGAACAGUUUUGCCUCUUUUGAGUUACCUCAUACCUGAGUCGUAUUCUAACUUCUGAGAUUGUAGAGACUAAGAAAUGAGGGAUUUAAAUUUUAUGUACGAGUUGUCAAAAUGAUCUAAGUUGGUGCAUAAUAAAGGGUGAUAUUCCAUUGUUGUGACAGGUUUCUGUGUAUAUCACCCAGAUGUCUUUCCAUUAUAUUACGGCUGCCUUGAAUGUUGUAUUGGUGCUUCCGUGUUGUGUUGUUGACUUGUCGGCAUGUAGAUAUUUGUUUCAGGCAAUUUCAAUGUAAAGGUAGUAAAUAUAUUUCACAGAAAGUAGACUUAAAGACAAUCAGAUUAUUGUUUAAUCAGAAAGGAGAUAAAUGUUUACAGAAAAAAAGUUUAUACAUGUUUUUAAAGGAUGUCCUUGUGUGGAAUAAAUUUCUGCACAUCUUUUGGAAUAAAAUGAAAUUAAUAUCUUUUUAUGAAACAUUGAGGGCAAGCUUAAAUCAUUAAGCUAUGGAAAAUCGAUAAGCAAACCAAAGUGGAAAGUCAAGGUAGAGAAAUGUGAUUUAGGAGGAUGACUGUUUAUGUACAGGUUGUGAAUUGACUCAUAUCAGAAUUGUUUGAAUACUCUUAACCUCUCUGGGUAAUACCAUCAUAAUUACUGAACUUUUUUGUCAUAACAUAUACAGUGAAUAAACCAACAAAUUUUUGGCAUUAUUUUGGCUUUAGUAGUAAGGUGAGUUUCAGAGACAAAAUAUUGGGUUUUUUCUGUAAAUAAGAAUUUUCACAUUAUUGAGAUGAGGUUAGAAAUCUGUUCAGUUGUUUCAAGUAAUUUGUUUUAGAUUUAAUUGAUGAUGAUUAAUAAUGAAGAAUUUGAAACUGGUUGAUUUUCUCAGAAACAGAUGUAUUAUAUGAAUCUAUAACAACUGGUAAUAUAAAUGAGACUUGUGUGACUAUAGUUAUAUCAUUACUGUAGAAUAAGAAGUGCAUGUAUUUUCUUUCAUAUUUAUUGUAUUUUUUAUUUGUAGUGGUAUGAUAUAUGAUCGUUAUUUAUGAUACAUUUAUUGAAUGACUAGUGUCACAACAGUAUUCACUCAUACAUGUUUAUGUUAUAAUAUAUUCCCCUCAUAUACAUGUAUUUGCAAGAUAUUUUACUUGUGCAGUACAGUUUUAAGAUACAUGUACAUGUAAUAGGUGUGCAAUAUAGUUCCAGCAUUUGAAAAUAGCAGUAAAUGUAUACUCUUUCUAUAAGCUGUAUAAUUUGUAAGUAAGAGUACACGAUAUCUUUUGGUUCAACUGCCUAGGUCAUUGGUAUGUUUUGAUUAUCACUGUUUUAAUUUGAAUGUGAACAUUUUGACCAUGGAAUGAACAGAUAUAUUAAGGUCACUGUGGUACAUAUUUAGGUCUCUACAAAUAACUUUAAUUAAUUUUUUUUUUUAACUUCACAUACUGAUAGGUACAUUGUAAUGUACAUGACAUCUUGGCCUUUGACCUUGGUAUUAGUUGGUGAUAAACAUUCAUUGCUUUUUGGGGUCUUGACAGCCUGGAAGAUUGAAAGGUGUAAUCACUUUCUGAGUUAACCAUGUUAAAGGAUUUACUUAGCUCAAUUUAGUGUGGUGCAUUCUGAUUAACAUUUAUCAUCUCCUCAUAAUAAUAAAUCUUAUUCUAGAGAAAUUUCAAGGUUGGCUUUGACCCCUGACCUUGAAUUAAUUAAGAUAACAUGUGGUAUGCUUUAAUCUAGAUUUUUUGUUUAGCAUGAUUUCAUUUCAUUAAUUUAUGAAUACUUCACAAUCUGGCUAUUUUUUGUGUUAUUAUGGAUUUUUUUAUUUGGCAAAAGAACACUGAGGAUUUAAGUUUCUUGGGGUGAAAAUAAUUUCAAAGAACUCUGUAUAAAAUAACACAGUGUUCUUCAAAACAAUUUCUUUUUCAUAGUGGAGAAGAAUGCUGUGUCAAUACAGUCAUUAAUGUACAUACAAUGUUUAAACAAUUAGCAUUGAUUUAUUUUGCUAUGAUGUAGGAAAUGGAAAUAACUUCAAGUGCAUUGCCACAUACAAGAUUAGAUGACCAACCUCAGCAAGUGAAAAAUUUGUACGUGCAUAUUAUUAGACAUUUUAUGAAUCUGUGAUGUAUUAUUAUAGAACUGGGGUUACCUCCCGUUUUUGAACCGAUAUUAGGUGUAUAUAAGCUAGUGUUGUGAGAAAAUCAAAACAGACAUUUUUACUUACUACUUAACAUGUUUUUGUUAGUAUUCCUUCUUACAAUAAUUAUGCAGCAAAUAAACCUCAUUUAUUGGCAAAGGCUUAAAA